AUGACUUCCAUAAAGGAGCAGGCAGCAAUUAGCCGGCUCCUGAGUUUUUUACAGGAUUGGGACAAUGCUGGAAAAGCCGCAAGGAGUCACAUCCUUGACAACUUCAUUGAAAACAACCAAGGCAAGACGGCCCCUGAGCUGGAGCAAGAGUUUUCCCAGGGAGCCAGCCUGUUCCUGGUACGCUUGACCACCUGGCUGAGACUCACCUAUAUGACCAGCUCAAGCUUAGAGAAGGUUUUAAAGUCCAUUGGCAUCUUCUUAGCAUCUGUAAACAGUAACCGGUACCUUAUAGAAUUUCUUGAGGUUGGAGGCGUCCUAACACUCUUGGAAAUACUGGGGCUGGAGAAGAUCAAAGAGACGGACAAGAAGGAAUCCAUCAAGCUACUUCAGGUUAUCGCAAACUGUGGUAGGAAGUACAAGGAGCUCAUUUGUGAAAGCUAUGGUGUACGAUCCAUAGCGGAAUUUUUGGCAACGUCUAAGUCAGAAGAGACCCAGGAGCAAGUGCAGGUUCUGCUGAAUGCUUUGGUCCACGGUAAUCCCAAGUACCAGAAUCAAGUGUACAAAGGUCUAAUAGCUCUACUGCCCUCUGUGUCUCCGAAAGCUCAGCAGCUGGCCCUGCAGACGCUCAGGACUGCCCAGUCGAUCAUCGGAGCCACACACCCCAGCAUCGUGGACUGCGUGCUGAACGUGCUGCGCACCAUGCACCUGGAAGUCCAGUAUGAAGCCAUCCAGCUGAUCAAGGACCUGGUCAACUACGACGUGUCCGAGGCGCUGCUCAGGGGCCUCGUGGACCUGUUAACCCCCAACGUCCCGGAGGCCAGCGAGCCGCAGCCCAGGAUCCUGAGCGACACCUCGGUCCUGCAGCUCACCGCGGCCCACCUGCCCGCGGCCCACCUGCCCGCCUUCCUGCAGCAGGCGGCCGCCGCCAAGGCCAUCGGGGUCCUGGUGCGCGGCAACACGACCCUGGCCGAGGAGAUGCUGGGCCUGCGCGUGGUGCACAGCCUGAUGGCCGCCAUGGGCAACGCGGAGCACAGCAACAGCCAGCGGCAGGCCAGCCUCACGCUGGAGUACUUGGUGCAGGUUUUCCCGGUGGUGGAGGAGCACGUGCAGAAGUCCAUGGGAGAGGAGCUCUACCAGCUGUUCCGCAGCAACGCCGAGGACUUGCACAUGAAGAUAGACAGCGUUCAGGUGGACAUCCUGGCCACCAACAAAGUCAACGUUUCCAAAGCCCUGUACCAGCGCGGCCAGUUCUUCAACACCGGGAGGUUUUCCUUUCGCUCUGGGGAUCAGAACCAGCUGACUGGCCUCACGGGCAUCCAGGAGGACGCGAAAGGAAAGGAGUGA